AUGAGUAACAACGACGGCGACGAUUCUCAGAAGCCGGAGACUUCCGACGGAGUUGUCUCCCGAUCAGCUCGGACCUCGCUUCAGGCCGUCUCUGACUGCCUCCGGGCCAUUUCCUCUGGUGCUUCCACCGUCGCUCGCUCCGCCGCGUCCGCCGCUUCUUCCGUCGUUAACCGAGACACUAAUCACGACCAGGUACUGUGGGCAGGGUUUGAUAAGCUAGAGAAAGAGGAUGGAGAUACUCGGAGAGUUCUUCUACUUGCGUUUCACUCUGGUUUCCAAAUUUGGGAUGUUGAAGAUACUGACAACGUCCAUCUCAUUGUCUCUGCUCAUGACGAACAUACGGCCUUUAUGCAAAUGCUACCCUACCCGCUAGUCUUCCAGGAUGUAGCCGAUGUGUUCUUUGAGAGCCGACCGCUUUUGGCUGUGUGUGGUGACAGUUCUUGGGUUGAGAUUUUGGAUAAGGAGAGCGCUUCUGCUGAAGAUGGAACCAUUGUGCCUACACAUGUGAAUGUCUACUCGCUAAAGUCUCAGUCUUAUGUUCAUACGUUGAAGUUCGAGUCUGUCAUCUAUACCAUUAGGUGCAGUUCUCGGAUCGUUGCUGUGCUACAAGCUGAUCAGAUACAUUGCUUUGAUGCUAAGACGUUGGCAGAGGAUUACACGAUUGACACUAACUCCAUCGCGUAUGGCUCCUUGGGUGUUGGAUAUGGUCCUCUUGCUGUUGGGCCACGAUGGAUUGCUUAUAGCGCAAGUCGUAUUGCUGAGUCCGCCUCCACAAUUUUCACUUCAGAACAUGUCCCACUGGCAUCAUCACCCGGUGUUGCACAAUUUGCAAUAGAAUCCGGCAAACAUAUUGCUUAUGGGAUUGCGAGGCUUGGAAGCAAAGGGUUCAAGUCAUUAGCUUGGAUGCCCAAUCCGUAUAUUCCUGGUUUAAAGGGCAUUCCCAACAAAGCACCAGACGCCAAUAGCAUAGGAGUGGUUAUAGUCAAUGAUGUCAUAAACAAAAGCGUGAUAUCUCAGUUUAAGGCACACAAGAAUCCGAUUGCGGCUUUGAGCUUUGAUCCAAGUGGGAUGCUUUUGGUGACUGCUUCGACUCAGGGCCACAAUAUUAACGUCUUCAAAAUAUUGCCGAGAACCUCUAACACUAGUGAUGCGAGCAAAGAGGCUUUUAUGCAUCUCUUCAUCCUCCAGCGUGGUUAUACUUAUGCGGUGAUACAAGACAUCAGUUUCAGCAAUGAAAGCAGUGUGAUAGUGGUUAGCUCAUCAAGAGGGACAAGCCAUCUGUUUGAGAUUAAUCCCAAAAGGGAGGGGCCUAUUCCUGUUCCUCUAUCAGCUGUUAGUAGGAUAAGAAGCGCAAACAUCAGCGGAUGGAUUGGUACAGUGAGCGGUGCUGCAGCUGCAGCAAUGGGGACAGUGAGCGCUGCAGCAGCUGGAAUAGUUGGAGGAGGAGGAGGAGGAGAAGGCUCUCUUCCGGGUUCAACCACAUCAACUUUCUCUUACUGCAUUGAACAAAACAAGAACGAUCAAUAUGGUUCUUCUGAUAAUAGCUCAGAGAGGAAUCUUCUGGUUUUUGCUCCUACUGGAUGGAUGACACAGUAUGCGUUAAACCCAGCUGGGGAUGGUGAUGAGGCUUUGGGGAUUGAUUCUGAGUCUGUUCAAGAGACUGAAGGACCGGUUGUGGCAAAACGAAGGUGGUCCAUGAUCCAGAACCGAUCUAGAAGAGAGAUGCAAGGUCAACAGAGUGACAUAUAUGGAGGUGGAGCAACUUCGGCUUCUGAGGCACCUUGGAAAGUAACUAAGAAAGGAAAUGCCCCACGUGUGGAGGAUAACCAUCAGCUGUACGUGUCUGAAGCAGAGUUGCGAAUGUAUCAGCCGACUAAGCUACCCUUAUGGGAAUGUCAGAAUUGUAGGUUUCAGAAGUUGGUAUUUGGUGUGGAUGAAGAGAGUAAUGGUGGAGGAGGAGGAGGAGGAGGGGAGAUGGAGAUUGAAAGAAUCCAAACUCAAACGAUUGACGCAAAAGCAAAAGAGUUGCGUCCAGUCUGGGGUUGAAGAGGAGGGGAGAUGGUGAUACUGUUUCUGGUUUACUGGUAAGUGGCCACAAACUCAGCUUCAAGUUCAACAAUAGAAGAAGAAAAAUAACUGUGGAAAAAAUUGUAUAGAAUAGGAAAAGAAAAGUGACAUACCUUUUAGAUGUAAAUAGCGAGCAGUACAGUCUUCAUUUGUUACAGAUUGACCCCCCAUUACAUUGAUUCAUGAACUGCAUCUUCUUAGGAUGUAAAACGU